CUUGUAUUCCGUUCCUGCCGUCCCCGACGCGAAAGAUGCCGGCCGUACACCACAAAUUAUUACUCGAGGAGGCUUUGCAAGACAGUCCGCAGACGCGGUCCUUGCUCAGUGUGUCUGAAGAGGAUGCAGGCACACUCACUAACUACACAGACCAGCUGCUCCAGCACAGAGAUCAGCACACUGAAGGAGAUAUUCGGCAUCGCCAGAGAUGAGCGUGAAGCUGCCAUGGUGAAAUAUAGUCGUUUACCUAAGAAGAGAGAAAAUUAAAAGUAAGACGGGUCUGGUGAUGACGGUGUGGGACCGCUUGUUCUUCUUCACGCUCGGGGGGAACCUGAUGUGUCAGCUGCGGGAUGGUCCUGGAUAUGGACAACUGUUCUGUCAUGACCAUCGAGUGUGAGGAGCGCCGCUACUGCUUCCAGAUCACUUCACCCAACGGCAGAACCUCUCUGAUUCUUCAAGCUGAGAGUAAGAAGGAAUAUGAAGAGUGGAUUUGCACCCUCAACAACAUUUCCAGACAGAAUUAUCUAACCGACAAGCCUGAGGUUGCAUCAGACGGCUCUGCAGGCUGUGACGCCCAUCACCAGCUUUGAGAAGCGAGCUGAGGGUUCUCCUAAAACCGACCGGUACUAAUAUUUCAUGAUGAUUAAACAUUCAUGCAUUUCUGAUUUGAUAUGAGGCAGCAUACAUUUCUGAAUUUAGCUGACGCUUUUAUCCAAAGCAACUUACAGUGCAUUCAGGCUAUACAUGUAUAUAUUUUUUAUAUUAUCAGUAUGUGUUCCCAGGGAAUUGAACCCAUGACCUUUUGCGCUGCCAAUGCAAUGCUCUACCACUGAGCCACAGGAACACUAUAGUUUAUUCAAAAGUUUUAAUAGAUCUUUCUGAGCCACUGUUUAAAAUCCACUGUUUUUCUCCUCCAUAGAGUGACACCAGGCGGUGUGUCCUCCAGAGAGCCUCAGAAACCCCUCGAGCCUGAGGAUCUGAUCGUCCCGGGAAGACCAAUCCAGUUUGACAUUUGUUUUCUGUCAGACGCACAAACCCCGUUGGUGAGGAGGAAGAUGGAGGAAGAUGAUGAUGAUUCAGACACACACGGUGAGACGAGCCUGUUUCAACUCCACACAAUGGGGAAGUAAAUAAAUCACUAGCAAAGAAAAGUACUGCUUUUUUAUUUUACAUAAGUACA